AUGAUCGAUCUGAACUCCACUCAAUCAACCGAUUCUGGGAGAGAAGCGAUGGAUCAGACAGUAGGCUCGGAUUACGAUCUAGGAACUCAGACCACAUCGAGCCUAUUAGAUAGCAUUGAUAGCAACUGGCGACCCAGCACACCAUUACCAAGCUUUGAAUGUCAUGAAAAUCCAACCAUCAACCAAAAGCUCCGUGACUUAGCUUUCCGACAUGAAACACAAAGCAAAGAAAUCAAGCGUCUUUGUCAACUAGAAAAAUUCAAGAUAGUCGUUCUUUGCGACGAUUCCGGCUCAAUGAUGGAAACUGUGGGUGGGUCUAGUCGUAGUCGCUGGGAAGAGCUUCGCGAAAUUGUGAAGCUUGUUGUUGCAAUUGGCUCCAUAUUCGAUACUAACGGCGUUAAUAUCCGUUUUCUCAAUUGUAAAGAUCGAUAUACGAUCAAGGAUCCCGAUGAAAUUAAUCGCCUAUUUGCCGGCGAACCAAAGGGUUAUACGCCAUUGGUGCGUUCCGUACGGGAGAUUCUCAAAUUACCAGUGACCGCAGCUAACAGCGACAAAAAAUUAUUGUUAUUCAUUGCAACUGACGGCUAUCCAACAGAUGCAAAUGGUGUGCCGAAUCUGUCCGAAUUUGAACAUGUUAUGCGAAAUGAACGAAAAUCAGAUACUACUUAUGUAUCGUUUCUGAUGUGCACGGACGAUCAGGAAUGUGUUGAUUACCUGAGUAACUUUAGCCGAACGAUGGCAAACAUUGAUGUGACAGGCGAUUUUAAUACAGAACGAAUGAACAUACGUAGAGAACGAGGAGCGAAAUUUCCAUUCUCGAAAGGCGAUUACAUAACUAAAGUCUUAGUUGGCGCAAUCAGCCGAGAAAAAGUUCCAAGUAAUGAACCUGAUAAUGCUAACAACAGUUAA